AUGGUUGAAAAAACAGUGUGGUUCACCAAUUGGAUGAACUGGCUGGAGUACCUUCACUCAUCACAAAUCCCGAAGAACACUAACCUAUCAAAGCGAAGAGCACACGCAUUUCACUAUAAAUCCAGCCGCCACAUCAAUGCGAGUCGGUCUGGCAAAGAACUAACUUGCUAUGAAUAA